GUCUUCAGCAUUUAAGCGCCUGCUAAGACAAGUCAAAUUGCUUUUUGUCAAUCGUGAGAAAAUUUAAUCUAUUGGGGAAGUCAAUGCGAAAAUAACGGGAAACUCGUACUGUCUCCAUACGGAUCACUGCGUUUAAGGAAUUUCAUAUAUAAAAGAGGUUCUCUUGAUCUCGGAUAUUAUAGCUUUUUUCUCCUGUUCUAUUACCAGACUCUACACAAAAUAACACAAUCUCUAAUUUUAAAAUGGCACCUUCCGUCAAUAAUAAUCAGCCCGUUACUACUGCAACCGAUAAUGGCAACGUAGACUACAGCGCUGCCUACACGGCUUCCAAUAAUCCUUAUUCUGGCUUUGAUCAUCUUCGGUUCACUGUUACCAAUGCUAAACAAGCUGCUUCCUAUUACUGUACUCGAUUAGGCUUCCAACAUAUCGCUUAUCGUGGAUUAGAAACUGGCAGUCGAGAAGUUUCAUCCCAUGUAGUUAAGCAAGGAGACGCUGUCUUUGUUUUUGAAAGUCCCAUUCAUCCUGAAGCCCAAAGGGAAAUGGCACUUGAGAUCGCUCGUCGCGGUGAUAGUGUAAAAGAUAUUGCAUUUACUGUCAAGGAUUGUCGAGCUGUCUAUAAUAAAGCAAUUGCUAGAGGAGCAACAUCCAUCAAAGAACCCGAGGAGAUAACGGAUGACGAUGGCACAGUUAUCAUGGCUACAUUAAGUACUUAUGGUGAUGUCCACCACACCUUGAUCGAACGUCGCAACUAUAAGGGCAUCUUUCUACCAGGUUACAAAGAUACUUUAACAGCUUUACGAUACUCAGAUCCAUUGGAAACAUUAUUACCACAUGUUCCUCUUGGCUAUAUUGAUCAUGUUGUCGGUAAUCAACCCGAUGGUCAAAUGAACCCUAUUGCCGAUUUCUACGAAAAAGCUUUUGAUUUCCAUCGCUUUUGGUCUGUCGAUGAUAAGCAAGUCUUUACAGAAUAUAGCGCACUUCGUUCUGUUGUCAUGGCUGACCCUGCCGAAAAAAUCAAGGUUCCCAUCAACGAGCCUGCUGUAGGCAAGAAGAAAUCUCAAAUUCAAGAAUUUGUUGACUUUUAUGGUGGUGCUGGUGUACAGCAUAUUGCCAUCAAUACACCUGAUAUUAUCACUUCUGUGACCCAUAUGAAGCAACGUGGCUGUGACUUCCUCACCAUUCCCAGCAAUUAUUAUGAUACCCUACGCAAAAACUUGGAAGUCCAUAACAAAAUUGCAAAGCGGCCCAUUACAGAAGAUUUGGACGUGCUGCAAAAGCUAAACAUUCUUGUGGAUUAUGAUGAGAACGGUUAUCUUUUACAGAUCUUCACAAAGCCUCUGGAAGAUCGUCCCACUUUAUUUGUGGAAAUCAUUCAACGUAAUAAUCACAAUGGUUUUGGUGCAGGCAAUUUCAAGAGUUUGUUUGAGAGCUUGGAAUUAGAGCAACAAUUACGUGGUAACUUGACAGAUAUGGAACCCACCGUUUCCACUGCCACCACUGCUUAAGACAUCUUUGUUUCGCCCACCCCCCUUCAUCUAUAGCACACAACCAAAAUAAUUCUUUUUUCCUUUUCUGUUCAUAAUGUAUAUCUCACUUAUUCAUAACAAUUGUAAAUGCUACACUCCUCUUUAUAAAUAAAAAUGGACAUUUUAUAUCAAA